CAGGAUCACUUGGCUUAAAAACUCACGAAUAAUGGGGAAAAAAAUGGGAAGCACGCAGAAAACUUCUCCUGCCUCCAGUAUUGUUUUCUCUCUCCACUCCUCAAAUCUGCUAGAAACUUGAAACAUCUCAUCGUUUUUGAGCAAUAAACACUCGAUCAUUCAAAUCUUAAGUUUUUAUAGUGGGCUUUGCAACCCAAAGAUCUUUCAAUCCAUCAAACAAGUUUUAUGAAGCAUGCAAUUUGAUUCCUCCAUCAAUAUUGUCAGGGUUUGAUGGUUAAACCUAUCUGCAACCUUUGUGUAGCAUCUGUGUGAGAGAGAGCAUGCACCAGACCUGGAUCUGAAACUCUUCUCUCUGAUUUGGGUCCUGAAAAAAUUCAGAAGCUUCAGAAACCAACUCCUUAGUAUUGACGGAGGAGACGACCACAAUCAGGACUGACGGUGUUAAAGUGGUUUAAGAUUCUCUUUAUUUAUAUCGUCACUUCAAUCUAAGAUGGCAGGUUUAAUUUCCAAGUGUUCAAGUGUUGGUCGUUCGAUGUUGGGUGGCCUUGGCAACAAUUCUCAGCGUUUUCUUGGAACUUCGCAUGAGAUAAUGAGGAUAACAUGCAACCAAUUCUUAUCUCAGAUCCAAUGUUUCUGAACCUGCAAUAUUCUUUCUCAGUUGAAAAUCAGCAUAGAACGUUCAUACAGAUGAGGACCAAUCUGAAAGUUGUGGAUAACUCAGGGGCGAAGCGGGUGAUGUGCAUACAAGCUCUGAAGGGGAAGAAAGGGGCAAGGUUGGGAGACACGAUAAUAGCAUCAGUAAAGGAAGCCCAGCCUAGGGGCAAAGUGAAGAAAGGAGAUGUUGUAUAUGGUGUGGUUGUGCGUGCUGCUAUGCAGAGGGGCCGUUGUGAUGGGAGUGAGAUCAAGUUUGAUGACAAUGCAGUAGUCCUUGUCAACAAGCAAGGAGAGCCAAUUGGAACUCGUGUAUUUGGACCUGUCCCACAUGAAUUGAGGAAGAAAAAGCAUGUUAAAAUUCUCACUCUAGCGGAGCAUAUUGCUUGAGGUAUCAUUUUCUUUCUUUUGGUUUUUUUGAUUGUUAAAUUUUUCCCUGCAUCUGGGAUGAGUGUGAAUUGGGUAUUAGGGGCUUAAUGUUGUAUUGCCAAAAAGCAAACAAAUUUUUGUUUGGAGUAAAUGCGGCCCCCCCCUCCCUCUUCAUUCUUUCUUUUUCUGUUCGUGUUAUGCUUAUAUCAAAACAUGCAAUGACAGUUUGUUUAAUUGUCUUCUAUUCA